AUGACAUUUCUUUGGUUCUCUCUCUCUCUCUCUUUCUCUCUCUCUCUUUCUUUCUGUCUAUCUAUCUAUCUAUCUAUCUAUUUACCUCUUUUUGACACAUAUCUAUCUCCUCUCUCUAUCCCUUUCUAUUUUCCUCUCUCUCUCUCUCUGUCUGUCUGUCUGUCUGUCUGUCUGUCUGUCUGUCUCUCUCUCUCUCUCUCUCUCUCUCUCGCUUGCUCGCUCUUUCAUUCUUUCUUUGCAGUUAUGUUUUGUCUUUUCUUUCUCUCUCAUCGCUAUCUCUCUACGCAUCUCUCUAUCUCUCUAUAUCUCUCUAUAUCUCUCUAUCUAUCUACCUGUCAUUUUGUCAAUCUAUCUUUCCCUUCACCAAACGCAGACACAUAUACACACGCACACGCGGCUGAUAAUUUCCACUCUUACUUUCUCUCUAUCUCUCUCUCAUUUUUAUUCUCUCUCCUUCACACUCUCCUUCUUGCUUCCUCUUCCAUCUAUCCCCUACACAAGAGCUCUACCUUCUCUGUGUCACUUUCCCUCCCUACCUCUCUUCGCCCCCACUCUUCAUAUGCACGCACGCGCGCUUUCUAUCGGCCAUCUCCCAUUCCUUCCCUCUCUAGUCCUUAA